AUGGAUCGCAGCAGCCUCAGCUCCAAUGCCGGUGGCCAUGGCAAUGCCAAACGAUGGAACCAAGGAGGACCAGACCUUGGAGAUGUGAGCGUGCAUGCGUUUCAAGCAAAGAUCAAUCACAUCUCGCAGCAGGUCUUCCGCAUCUCCUCCAAUGUCUCGUCAAUACAGCGCCUUGUCGGCUAUCUCGGUACAACCAAAGAUUCGCAGGAUGUCAGGACAAAACUACAAGACGUGACAGAACAGACCCGCAACCUUGUGCGUGACACCAGCCAAGACAUCAAGGAUCUGACCAAAUUCGAUGCGGCUGGUAAAAAACUGGAGACCCAAAAGGUCUCAAAGGACUUUUCAAAAAUCCUGGUCGAGUUCCAAAAGAUUCAAAGAGUCUCGGCAGAGAAGCAACGCGACUUUGUGUUCAAGGCGCGUCAAGUGGGCUCACGCAAUAGCUAUUCCGAGACGGAGGAGGAGGUUAAUCAAGGUGGGGAACAGCCGUUGCUCAACAAUGAUCAAAGGCGCAUGCAACUGCUUGUCGUCGACAAUGAACUGGAGUAUAACGAGUCCAUGAUUACGCAGCGUGAGGGAGAGAUCCUGGAGAUCGAGCAAGGAAUUACAGAGCUGAAUGAGAUCUUCCGUGAUCUCGGUACCAUGGUCCAUGAACAGGGCAACAUGUUGGCAGUAUUAAUUAAAAUCCGUCCUCAAACAUCCUUAGAUUCAAUCGAGUCCAAUGUCACGUCGGUCAGUAUGACUACACAAACAGCAGCAGAGGAACUGACGGUCGCAGCGAAGCAUCAAAAGGAGGCACAGAGCAAGUCGUGCUACCUGCUACUUAUUGCCGCCAUUGUAGCCGGUAUUAUCAUCCUCGCCAUCUCUUAG